AUGGAAAGCGAUACAAUGAGUGAAUACCACACGACGCUGUCUUCACCAUGUGCUGACGACUUUCAAGACACAACUGGCGUUGACGACGACCCAAAAGAGCUCGAAACUAAACCGCGCUACAGAAAAUGGGUGGUCCUCGACAAAACGAGACGUUUGAAAGCUAGCGCGCGGGAACGAAAACGAAGACACGUUCUGAACAGCGCGCUCGAAAGCCUGCGCAAAAGGGUACCGUGCUUUGAUCGACAGAAUCCACAGAAACUGUCAAAAAUUGAAGUUCUACGGCAAGCCAUUGGCUACAUUGCAGACCUCAGCGAAUGUCUGCAAAGUGCGGACACUACAGGAUUUACUAUGACAGCCCUGACUGGUCCCAUGUUCUUGGAGCAGGGUGCUUGUAUGGAGUAUGGUAGCCAGCAAACGUACUCGAGUAUAAAUUCAAUGUUCUAUGACUAUGGCAGAUCAAUGUUGUACGACUGUACGGAAAAUCAACCGUCUAGUCCCAGCUUCGAGGAAUGCUUAUCUCCCGAUGCUAACUCGCAAUAUGCUAGCUAUGAGACGAGUUCAAAUGAGGUGAGAUCACGUUUGGUCAUCGUUCAGAUAAAACAUACCAUAGUAGGCUACCAGUCAACACAACAUCAUUAUAACCUACAGCACUCCUGGGAACUAAUUGCUACUCUAACAUUCUAAUUUCCAAACAAGAACCAAAACAAUUUCAACUUUAAAUUUGUACAAUAAAUUUCUUUCAUAUAAAUUCACUUGACAGGCAGUUUUAAUUACUAUAGCUGUGAUAUUCCUAAACUUUAUCUCCGACUAUUCGAGUAAGCUUGACUAUUGAAUUACAUACGCGCUUUAAGAAUACGAAUGCUAAAUGUUCCCUGCCUUCAAUGAUUAUGUUUGGGUUUAUUGCCAAAUGUUCAUAAAGUUAGUAAAGACUCAAGUAUAUUAAAAACGAGGCUAUUAACCUAAUUUGUAUCAAACUAACUAACAACUUGAUUUUAAUUAAUAGUUACGUUAGAGCUCAGAUUUUACAAUACUACACCAUGCCUUCGAGUAUCUUUGAUAAGAUUCUAAUACGUUACAGCUGCUUUUAACGACUUUACAAUUGUCGCUAAUUUUGGUAAAACGAUUAAAGCGCUCUAAUACGACUAUGCAUCUCUGCUCGGAUCAAACGAGAUUUUAAUACUUGUUUGUUUUCCGUUGUUUCAGGAUUUUGAUUAUGGAAUUAACGACGCUGAAUUGGACGUAUAUCUCCGCGGCUAUUCGCAAUAA